AUGAUCAUUCCCAUUCGUUGUUUCACUUGUGGCAAAGUCAUCGGGGACAAAUGGGAAAGUUAUAUUGGUCUGCUUCAGGCAGAGUAUUCCGAAGGUGACGCGUUGGACACGCUCGGUUUGCGACGUUACUGUUGUCGACGAAUGCUCCUUUCGCAUGUGGAUCUGAUUGAGAAACUAUUGAACUAUUCACCAUUGCAAAGAUGA